AUGGUUAAGCGGUUAUUUGGUAAUGAGUUUGUUGCUACAGCGGUUCUCGAAUCGCUGCAGUAUCAUAACUUUGAAGUUCCUUGGCUUCAUAGUCGUAAGGAGCCAGUGGCUUUCGAAGUGGGACAACCCUUGGGAUUGUACUCUUCUUGGCCUCUAUUCACGCUAUCGCAUCAUUUGGUAGUGUGGGUAGCAGCAGAGUUGUGUUAUCCGGGUAGAGUAUUUCGCAAGUACGCCCUUCUUGGUGAUGACAUAGUCAUCGCUGAUGAAGGUGUGCACUCGGAGUACAGAAGGCUGAUUAGCGGCCUUGGUGUUGACGUCUCUGUUGGAAAGACUCUCGAGUCUAAACUCGGAGCGU